AUGCCUCUCACAUCGGUCUGCAGCUCUUCACUACACGCGGUGCGGCUGACACAGAGGCGGGCCGUGGGUGGACCGUGGAGGGCGCUGUUGCAUAGUGAAGCCGCGGAGUCACGUGGUGGGGCUGAUACGUCUCUCUCGCCGCCUCAUUCAUGUGUGUUCAGCAGAGCCGCUGACACUCCACUCGUGUCUCUUCUGACCAGGAAGCUGCUUCAUAACAUACCAAAAGAGUCGUGA